AGAACCUGAGAUCAUGUUUACAUGCUGGGUUUGCUGGGUCAGGUACUCUUGAAAUUCCCUCACAAAAUCAAUCGGCUCGGUCUUUAUCUCCUCCAUUUUCUUUCUGGAUUAAACUGGAGGGAAAAGAUAGAUAAGUCUGCUUUUAUGGUAACAGCCACCAAUACACAACCUCUACAGAAGCCUUUAUGCUUAGCUCUCCCGUAGCUACAAACAACAAUGCUAUUGUUGCCAAGCUAAUGCCAGCCAACCCUUACACGGGUUUUCUGUUAUUCAUAACAUAGAGUAGUUAAUAUAAUUCGUAGAUAAGUUGAUGCGGUACCUUUCAGUGUCCGAGAAACAUCCUCAACUGGCAGAAAACAAGAUGUAAAAAGAGGCGCCGAUGAUAAAUUAUCCGGCUGAUAUUGUAUCUUCGUAAACACUUCCGUUUCACAUCCCUUGUUCCGUGUCACAGCAAACGCAACUGUUGCCUUCAUGUACUUCAGGAAAUGCUUCGAUCGAUUUCGAACAGCUAUACGACUAUUAAAAACGUUUCAUUUUUUUUUCUGUCGUUACAACAAGGCUUUAUAGGUUUCUCUGUAUUUGAAAAUACUAACACAAAGCACAGUGUUUGCCAGCAUUGACAGUUUUUGUAUUCACUCUCUAAUUUUUAAAGUAGGUUAAAGCACAGCCGUAAAAAUCAAAUGUCCGAGUCCCUCAAUGUGCAAUUAAACGCAGCAUCACAUGUAAACAUUUUAUAACAAAUCAUGGCUGCCCCGCUGGUCAAGCUUUUCUCGAAGGUGAGAUGGACACUUUUAAUCAGAUCUAAGAAUGUCUUUGGAAGUUUGCGCUGUUAUUUUAAUGUUUUUCAGACUGUAUUGAUCUUUUAUCCUUGAAUUACGUAACCUGACUUGCCCCUGGUGAUGUGACGGCGAGAGCUAGCAAACAGCUAACUCUAGGUUGAGAGCUUAAAGGGACGUGUUCAAGCACAAACUCUGCUUUAUCUCAUUCAUAACCUCACUAAUGUUCCUGUUGUUGACAUACAUGCACGUUUAAAUCAUUUAUUGACCUGUGUGUUCAUGUAAAUAAGCGGUCCACAUCUCCCCUCAGUCAUGCAGGCAGAUCUGCAGACCCUGGGGUUCAUGCCGGGCUGGAUGGAGGAGUUUGUCCAACAGAGCUGCCCCAGAUGUAUCCUCAGACCAGGCAGGUGGUGGGGUGUCCUUUCCCCCGCUUCAGACGUUUUCAGAGGAGGAGAGUAUGAUGAGGGAAGCAGGUGAGCUUUAAGUGUUUAUUUACAGUUUAUUUACACACAUCCUCCUCAAACACUCAACAUGUGUCUUGUUGUCUACAGUGAAGAAAUAUGCACAAGAGCGCAUUGCUCCAUUUGUGUCAAAGAUGGAUGAGGAGUCUAAGAUGGAUGAGGAAGUCAUUAAGACUUUAUUUGAACAGGGGGUGAGUGUUUAUGGUGGCAUUAAUGAUCAAAUCCAAGAUACUAUUUUACUGAGUCUGAGCUUUUUUUUAAUACAGCUGAUUUCAUUCAUUUUUGUUUACAGCUCAUGGGUAUUGAGAUCGAUCCAGAAUACGGUGGCACGGGCUCAUCAUUCUUCUCUUCCAUUCUGGUCAUUGAAGAGCUGGCGAAGGUUGACGCGUCCAUAGCUGUGCUCUGUGACAUCCAGAACACACUGAUCAACACGCUGUUUGUCAAACUGGGAACACCUGCUCAGAAAGAGCAGUACCUCACCCGACUGUCAACUGAUAUGGUGAGCAUCAAACUGUCUCUUAAUGCGUGGUGCAACACUACGUUUACUUCUGAGAGGAGGCUGGGUGAUAAAACGAUAACGACAUAUAUUGUUACAACCCAGUUUGGGAAGGGAAAGGACGUAACAUAAACCCUGGUUUAGUUGUUGUAAAAAAUGGAUGUUUAAUUGCAAAAUAAAUAAGAGUUUGGGGGGAAAAAAACAGAGGAAUAUGGAAUACUGCUCAAAGAAACAAACAAAUGCAACAAAAGGCGACUCUAAACUAGAGUGAGAAACCGAAAUCACUUAAUCAAAUAACUCAACUAGCAGUUAAAACAAUCGAAGGGUGAGCAGCACCCUUAUCCCAGUGGUAGUUUUCACCCCCUCUUUUUCCUCACAGAUUGGAAGCUUCUGCCUCUCUGAAGCAGAGUCAGGGAGUGAUGCCUUCGCUCUAAAAACACGUGCUGAAAAACACAAAGACUAUUAUAUCAUCAACGGAUCCAAGAUGUGGAUCAGCAACGCAGAGCAUGCCGGUGUUUUCCUGGUGAUGGCCAAUGUGGAUCCUUCUGCUGUGAGCUCAUUUUUUGUUCUUGGUGUAUAUUUUUGGUCAAUAUAAAAGUUAUCAUUACCUCAAUAACCACAGAGAUGAAUCAGGGGUAGUUGAACUGAACAGUUCAGCAUCAGAAGUAGCUUUUAUCUCGAGUUUAUUGUAUUAGUUUACAUUAAACCGCAGUGAUUUUGCUUCCAUGAUUUCUAAAAAUGUUGUCAUAUUCACAUUUGAUUGGCAGGGAUACAGGGGCAUCACAUGUUUCAUUGUGGACCGGGACACAGAGGGUCUUGAAAUCUGCAAAAAAGAGAACAAACUCGGCCUACGAGCGUCCUCCACCUGUCCACUCAACUUUGAUAAUGUCAAGGUACUUUGAGCUGUACAGUUUGUUUACCAUCCAGUGCUUGAGCUUUAUUUGAGCUUAAAUCUCUGCUGUCCACUGAAGGUACCGGAGAAGAACAUUUUGGGACAGAUUGGUCAUGGGUAUAAGUAUGCCAUUGGGAUGUUGAAUGAAGGCAGGAUCGGAAUCGCCGCCCAGGUAAAACAUACUGUACCUUAAUGAUGUGUUCAACAUUACAAAUAGGAAUAAUAUACUGUAUGCGCUGACUUCUCUUUAUGUGUUUCAGAUGGUUGGGCUGGCGCAGGGCUGCUUCGACCACACGGUUCCUUACACUAGACAGAGGGUUCAGUUUGGAAAACGCAUCUUUGACUUCCAGGUAAAAAUCGCUAAAUGACUUCCAUUCCUUUAAAUGUUACACGUUUUGCUUUAAAGGUUAUUCUGCAGGAUGGUGUACUCACUUAAGUCUUAAUGGCGCUGUUCUCAUUUCAGGGUAUGCAGCACCAAAUAGCUCACGUAGCAACACAGAUCGAAGCAGCUCGGUUGCUGACGUACAACGCCGCUCGCUUGAAAGAGGCUGGGAGACCUUUUAUUAAAGAGGCCUGCAUGGCAAAAUACUUCACUUCAGAGGUAUUGCUGUUACUUUUACGGAUUCUUAUGAUGUAUUUUAAUGGGCCUGAGCUUUUUAUGACAACUUUUUAGGAAUGAUUAAAAAUGUUGCGUUUCCGUUAUUGCUGUGUUAGUUUUAUUUCACGAUUGUUAUAUGUUUUGAAUUUUGGUUACUUUCUUUGUGAUUCAUUUAUUUUGUUUGCUGAUAGUAGCCCAAAUAUCGGUUUCGUUUAUUUUUCCAGUUUAUGCAGGUAUGAAAUCUUCAUCUUCUUCCUCUUCUGCAGGUUGCAACUCUUACCACAUCUAAAUGUAUUGAAUGGAUGGGAGGAGUGGGCUUCACUAAAGACUACCCCAUUGAGAAAUACUACAGAGACUGUAAAAUCGGUGAGCACGACUUCACUAAUAUUUGCUAAAAGUUUGUGUGUUUGUUCGACAGCUGUUUGGAUUAGCUGUAAUAGUUUAGGUAAUAGUAACUGGAGCUAUAACUGGAAAGGACACAGCUCAUGAAAGCUGGAGGAAGGUCAAGCAAGGCUGUUUGUGAUUGGACCAGAGCAGUGGGAGGAAAGAGAAGGGCGCUGAUAGUCGUUGCUGUAAUCAGACUCUGCAGGAAUUCCCCAGUCUGACCUCUCCGAGUGCUAUUAGACCAACACACAGCCAAGGAAGCUGCCAGGGCAAAAUGCUACUUUUCCUUUCAUCGCGGUCGUUCAGGGCUCCUGAGCUCUGCAGUCUGGGCUGAAUAAAUACUCCCUUUGUUUGUCCUGAGAGUGAAAGCUGCAGAUUCAUGCUCUCUUUAGGGAGAUUUGACUAAAGUGACCUUGUUUUUCUACUUCAGGAAUUCAGUCGAAUGUUUUGUUUUGUCUCUAUUUCUCCAGGUACCAUUUAUGAGGGCACCACAAAUGUCCAGCUGACCACGAUGGCCAAGUUCAUCGAUAAGGAGUAUGACUACUGAGACUGAUGUUUGCUCCGAGAUGUGUUACACUCCAUAUUCUUUCCUUCAUGACUUUGAUGGGAUGCAGUGACUGUAGAUCUGCUUUAAAGUUUCAAGAGGUUUGUGGAAGUUUCAGACGGAGAUGGGCACCAUAAAACAAAUACGAACUUAAAAAAUUCAGUUCAGUAAAAGGGGAUGCCACAACACGUGCAAUAAAAGACUCAAUCCAAACAUUACAACCAUAAAGAUCCUCCAUUAUCUUCAAGUCUUUAAAGCAUUAACGCUGGUGCACAAGUUGUCUGGGAAAGCAGUCUCAGCAUAGAUGCUCCUACUGUGGAGAUUUCUGGCACUUUUCAUUGAUUCAGAUUAUUGAGCUCAGCAAGAACUGUCCUUUGAGCUCCCAAACGGCUCUGUAUAGUAUAGUUCAUGUACUAAAGCUGGUUCAUAAAGCCAAGUUUGGAUGUCUCAGUGUAGAUGCUGUCUGCUUCAGUGAAGUUGCAUAAAGCACAAUAUCAACAUUAAAGAAAACUGAAUUCAAUGGAAAGUAGAGUUUCAAUAAUCAUUUUUUCGAUAGUUGUCCAUGUUGAAAGUUAAUUUUAAAAUACAACCACUAAAGGGUUAAUGGACAUGUACCCAGCUCUGGUUUCAGAUGUCUGUCCUCCACUUGUCCUCUUGUUUUGUCCUGCUGUUACUGAUGUUGUGGUUACCUUUUUCUAACUUUAGGGUUUAGUUGAUGCAGUUUAUUCCCUGUUUUUGAUUUACUCAAGACCUUCUAAAAGUAAGGAUUAGAGUUUUUUCACUUCCCUUUUCAAGCUGUGCUCUAUAUCAGAAGUUGCAACAUGGAAAUUCAUUUUUCUUUGAAUGUUUCAGUGCCUUCAGGAGGUCUUCUAUCCCUGAGAUCAUUAACUUUCGGUGUUUUCUUGGUGCUGGAUACUCUCAGAAAGCUGGAUUCUAACAUUUCACUCAUUUAUAUACUUUACAAAAACUGUAGAGGAGAAGAUGAGAUAAUGUCAUAAACUGUAAAAACUAGUCUGUCAAUAACGUUCAAUAAUAAAUGUCAAGUAUCCUGUAGA